AUGUGCCUCCAGCCACCCCCCCCCGCGCGCCCCGCCCCCACACCCCACGCUAGUCAAGAGCCCCCCACAGCGUUCCACAGUGUCCCACACUCCAGCGUACCUCAGCGUGCUCCGCCUCUCCCUGCACGCCCUGCGCCCCACCGCACUCCCUGCAACCCCAUUGGUGCACACCGCGCCCCAGCCCAACCACCCGCGCGCACCGUGGCACCCCAUGCAUCCUGCGCCUCCCGCACGUUCCACGGCGCGACCACCCCCACGUGUCCAGAGCGAACCACGGCAUCCCGCGGCGCCCCGGCAUGCCCUAAACCCCGCACGCCCUGCCACCCCACGCACCCUGCACUCCCCCGUGAGCCCUGUCCCAAUCCACGCGCACCGCGCCCUUUGCCCACACCCCGCACGCACCGCAGCACCCCCCGCAUCCCACGCCUCUCGCGCACUCAACCACACCCACCCAUGUGCAUCGCGCCCCCUUCACACGCAGCCCGUGCGCCCCGCAGUUCCCGAGCACCCCCAGGGCGCCCACAGCAUCCUGCGUCCCAGUGUGCCACGCGGUGUCCCGUGGCAUCCCACACCCCAGCGUAA